CCCACCCCCCUGGCCUGCCUGCUCUCGAAGGCGGAGAAGACGACGAGCCGUUGCUUCUGCUCAACAACUCAACCACCUAACAUCCUCACAAUCACGCAGCUUAGGCUGUCAUCGCGACCCCACGACUGCUACGACAGCCAGGCUUCUUAUCGUAAGGCAUCGCGGGUCGUCUCCCUGCUUCAUAGCCUGCCGCUCUCACUUCCCGCCGUCGAUCGAGGCUAACGUCGACUUCGAGGUCAAAGCGGCAACACCUCAGCUCGACUCCUCUGCGCCCGGACCCGGCGGUGAGACCUCUCGUCGGUGGAGGGCUCGACCUUUCAGAGUUGCAAUCGACAACACAUAUCUCUGCCAUCCUUGCCCGCUAAUACUACCAGCAUCGUCGUCGCGUCUGAUCCUCCUUCCUCGCCAUGUCCUACUCCCCCUCCGACGAGGAGGAUCCUCCGUCCUUCUUCGUCCGCGCCCUCUACACAUACACAGCAACGGACAAGUCCUCCCUCUCCUUUGAGCGAGGCGACAUCAUCGAGGUUCUCACCCAGCUGCCAACUGGAUGGUGGGACGGAAUCCUCUGCGAUCAGCGCGGUUGGUUCCCCAGCAACUACGUAGAAACCAUCGAUGAGGAGACGGCGCAGCGCGAGCUCGAUGAGCGGGAGAUGGCUCUAGGGUUGAAACCAACACUGGACUUCGAUGUGGCUGACGACGAGGAGGCCGACAUUCGUGCGGUCGACGCACUAGCAGCGGCAGGGGGUCAUACGCAGGCCACCACAGGUCUCGAGUCCGCUCUGUCACUCUCAACAGCAACAUAUCCAAACGACGGCGACUUCUCUGCCGCUCUUGGUCUUGGUCAGGACUUUGCAGCAUUACGAGAGCUGAUGGGCACAGGAGAGGGCGGGGCAGGCCUGCCUGGCGUGGACGGCAAUGCGACCGAUGCCUUUGAGCAGUUGGCCGAAGCCGCUAUGCUCGAUGCGGGAAGAGAUCCGGAGCUCGCUGCUGAAGACGGCGAAGCGCCACCAGCAAUGACUGCUUCGGGUAGGAAUCCGGACAUCGAUCUCACGGGCGCCCCUUCGCGGAGCAUGGCGCAAACGGAUAGCUUCGGGAGGCCGCGGGCUUCAACCGCUCUUGAGCCGCAGCGUAGUGCAAACGGAUCGAAUGAUUGGCAGAGUAGAGGGAGAGCGGCUAGCGCUGCUGGGCCGCAGUCACGUCAGCAGCAGCAACAACCGACUCAGCAGUCUGCGAAGCCCGCUAUACAGAAGAAGGCCGCGGCGGCCAAGGAGAGCGACUAUUGGGUACCCAAGUUCACAGACGGCGGUGAUAUCGUCUAUUACAACACGAGAACCGGCGCAGAGUCUGUUGAUUUACCAGACGGCGCCGAUGACUCUGGCGACGAGGAACUCGACGAAGCAAGCGGCAGCCGGAGUGCCUCUGUUCCAGACAUCACCGCAAGAAGGGGUCAGGCCGAUACGAGGAGCAACGGCUCGCCCGCCAAGCCUGCAGCGAGUAGGCAACGCAGCUCAACCGAGCUGCGACCGCCGCGGAUGCUGCGUGACGAGAAGGAGGCAAAGGAAUUGCAGAAGCUCGUUCAGACAAGGGGAGCCAAGUCGCUGCCGCUCAUGAUCAGCCAAGCCGGCACCGCACUCGCACGUCUUGAGCAGGAAAGCGAAAGACGGCAUAGUAGCAGUCAAGAGAACGGCGAUGGCCAGCCUGAAGACAGCGACGAUGACGAGCGUAUACGACUGGUUCAAGCAAGUCACACCGUCAUCAAUGCUUUGCGCGAUCUUCUUUACGCUGCGGGCGUACUCAACGUCUCGCCCGCUGAUUUGGCCACAAUCGCCGAGCUUGCCUCUUUACAGAACGCCGAGGGUGGCAGCAGUGGCAACGCCAUGUCGAUGUUCGCGGAUUCGGUCGUCUUUAUCCACUCGCAGUCAGACCAAGGUGGUCCACCGCAAAGCAUUCGUCAGCUAGGCGCGCGCAUCAAUUCGUCAGCGUCCAAGCUGGCACUCUCCGUACGAGCGGUCACCGAGCAGCUUCCUCCGUCGACGAGCGAGGCGCAAGAUGACGAGAAGUCUGCUAUUCUUGCUCAACGCUUAACCAACUUCAGGCAGCGAGUGACGGAUAAUGCUCGCGAGCUGCAGGAUCUUGUGGACGCCUUUGCGCAGGAGCUCGACAGCAAUCGGGCUCUCUCCACCGCGAAUCAAGCGCAGCCCCUUUGGACUAAGCAGCUAGAGGCAAUUUUGCGCUCCGAGGACUCGCCAUCAGCUGGCAUCGGUCGCGACUCACUCAGCGGGGCUGGAUCGGCUGCAGCGUGGCGUGGAAGCGGCUUUGUCUCGCCUCAAGCAAGAGAGGCCGCAGCACUUCGCCUCGAGUCGAUGCAUCGCUUUAGUGGGGCAUUCAACCUGAGCAGUGAGGCUCGUAUGUUGCUCGCAAAUGGCAAGGAGGUGAUGAGGCGACGCCCGGGUCAACGAGUCGGGGAGGAAGUGGUCAACGAGUGCGUGAGACCGCAGCUUGACGACUUGCAACUGCAGAUCAUGGCACUGCUGGAGACGGUCAAGGCGGAGAAUAGCGAACAGGUCGCCAGCGACGACACACCUGUCCUGUCGGCUCCGACCAGCGGGCGACGCAAUGCGACACCUGCGCUGCCAAGUUCGGCGAUCGCCGCCAUUCUCAGCCACGUCAAGCUCGUCUCCGUCCGCAUGGGCACCUUUCUUGCCAUCAUCGAGGACCUCGACUUCGCCUCCACCCUCGACGUUGACUCGUCCGGGUCGGCCGCUACGCCCGCCACCUCCAAGAGCUGGGAGUCUCUAACCGUAUCGGCGCGUGAAGGCCUCCAUCGCUUCAUGAGUCUCAAGCAGGCAAGCUACGAUGCCAGCUCAACUCUGAUUAUGGAUGCCCAGGAUAUGACCACAACCGAAGCGGCACAUGGACGCAACGUCGUCGAGCCCGAAGCAACGCAGAAGUUGCUUGCGACAGCUCAAUCGCUGCAAGAGCUUUCGCGUGAAAUGUUGGAAGCGACGGACGAUCUGUUGCAGAUCGCGGAGGAGCAAGAGCGUGUCAAGUUGCCUUACAUAGGUGCAAGAGCUAGAGUGUACGGUGUCGAGGAGGCUGCCAAGUCGGUUGGAGAGCUCUUCCCUUCAAUGGACCCUGUACAGCGCUCCGCACCACAAGCUGGACAGCGAACGACGUCUCUAUUUAGCGGCAGCGGCGGCAAUCGCGAUCGCUCUACGUCGGUGACCACGGGUGGAUCGAUGCAGUCUGCCAGCGUCGAAGGGAGCCGAUCUCUCGGUGCCAGCGGUGCUCAAGUGGAUGCAGACGCCGAGUCGACGAGGAAUCGCUCGACGAGCAGUAAGAUCAAGAAGUUCUUUGGCGAUGACUCUGGUGCGGUAGCCCCUUCGCCUCCAGAAGGAUCAACGGCCGGGAGCACUCUCAUUGACAGAGGCGACGCCUCCUCCGCAGCAUCAAUAACAGCGGCCAAGAAGCGAGUGCAGGAAGAGGUCCCCUGGUUCCUUGGCCCCGACUACGCACCAGAGGACAUCAUUAUGAGUGCUGAAGGCCAAGUCAAGGGUGCAACGCUGCCUGCCCUUCUCGAGCGCCUGACUAUGCACAACACCUUCGACUCGGCAUUUAAUAAUACCUUCCUCAUGACGUACCGCUCCUUCACUACAACACACGAGCUCCUCGAUAUGCUCCUCGCCCGCUUCAAGAUCCCGCCCCCCUCCGGCCUUACCCCUGAAGAGCACCAGCUCUGGGCGGAACGAAAGCAAAUUCCCAUCCGCCUACGCGUCUUCAAUGUACUCAAGUCGUGGCUGGAGGCCUUUUUCUACGAAGGAGAGGAUGACGAACACCUUGACCGCGUGAAAGGCUUCGCGCAGGAGAUGUCUUACCACUCAAUGGAGUUGCCAUCGAAGCAGCUGAUGCGCCUCGUCGAGCGCAGGCAGGGUGACGGAGAGCAGAUGGUUCGCAGGAUGAUGAUGCCCAACUCUGCUCCACCGACCAUCCUGCCCAAGUCGCUGCGCAAGAUUAAGUUCCUCGACAUCGACCCGAUAGAGAUGGCCCGCCAGCUUACGCUGCUUGAUCACAAGCUUUACUGCAAGAUCAAACCGGUGGAGUGCCUGGGCAAGGCGUGGAGCAAGCCGGACUCUGAUCUGCAUGCCAAGGGGAUCAAGGAUACCAUUAGCACGUCGAAUCGGAUUACUGGCUGGGUCGCGGAGGCUAUCCUCGUGCAGGAUGAUCUCAAGAAGCGUGCGGCUUGGAUCAAGCACUUUAUUGCGAUUGCAGACGCUUGUCGAUCUCUCAACAACUUUUCCACCAUGACGGCUAUCGUUUCCGGGCUCAACUCGGCUCCCGUCUACAGACUGAAGAGGACAUGGGACUCCGUCAAUCAACGCUACGUCGCUCUCCACGAGAACGUCAAUCGCAUCAUGCAGUCCUCCAAGAACUUCUCCGACUAUCGUGAGAUGAUUCACAAGCUCCAACCACCCUGCGUCCCCUUCCUGGGCGUCUACCUCACCGACCUGACCUUCAUCGAGGACGGCAAUUCUGACCGCCUCAAGAACGAUGAACGCCUCAUCAACUUUGGCAAGAGGCAGAAGACGGCCGAAGUGAUCAGGGAGAUCAUGAUCUACCAGAGCACGCCAUAUAACCUCACGCCCGUUGCCGGCAUUCAACGAUUCAUUGAGGAUAAUCUGGUGGAGAGUAGGGGAGACACCGAACUCUACCAGCAGAGUUUGAGUAUCGAGCCCCGAGAGAGGGAGGACGAGAGGUUGGGCAGGUUGUUGGCUGAGAGCGGAUUCCUGUAGAUUGGCGCCAAGAAGACGAGAUGACCUCGCCGUGACGGCGCAUCAUCGUCUUUUUCCGGUUUCACUCUCGUCUUGGCCUACUCGUCACCUCCUCAACCUCACUGGCUCAGCGACGCCUGCUCCUUGCAUACGAUACACAAGCACUUUUUCAUGAUCAUGCCUCUCUCGCAUUCAUGAUCAACCAUCACGACCAUCCGCGCUUUUCUUGCUUGCUCUUCUUUUCAUCGCUUGCCUUUCAAUGAUACCGAGCACUACGAUGCUCUUCCUUUCUGCUCUUCAUUCGAGUUCGCACGCCCCAAAA